UGCGCAGAGGCGGCGGGGAAGGCGGAAGUGGGCAAAGAUGGCGGCCGCCGGGGUGCGCGGGGCGGCGGCGGCGCUGGGGCUGCUGCUCGUGGUUGCGACGGUGGCCGGGCGGAGCCAAGUGCGGGUGCUGAGCGACGGGACGUGGCGGGAGCUGCUGGAGGGAGAAUGGAUGGUGGAGUUCUAUGCUCCUUGGUGUCCUGCUUGCCAGAAUUUACAGCCCGAAUGGGAAAGCUUCGCUGAAUGGGGAGAGGACCUUGAAGUUAACGUCGCAAAAGUGGAUGUGACGGAGCAGCCAGGGCUGAGCGGGCGGUUUAUCAUAACAGCGCUCCCCACCAUCUACCACUGCAAAGAUGGAGAGUUCAGGCGGUACCAGGGUCCGCGGACUAAAACAGACUUCAUCAACUUCAUCAGUGACCAAGAAUGGAAGUCGAUUGAGCCUGUUUCUUCUUGGCUUGGCCCGUCUUCAUUCCUGAUGAGCAGCAUGUCGGCGCUCUUCCAGCUGUCCAUGUGGAUCCGGCACUGCCACAACUACUUCACGGAAAACCUCGGCAUUCCAGCCUGGGGAUCCUACGCCAUCUUUGCCUUGGCCACUUUGUUCUCAGCGCUGGUGCUGGGGCUGGUCAUGGUGUUUCUGGCUGACUGUCUCUGCCCCUCCAAAAGGACCAGACCACCUCCGUACCCCUGUCACAGUAAGCACACGUGUCCCUCUCGGGUUUUUAUAGUGCAGAAGUGGGAACAAAGAAAGUUGCCGGAGUCUGUGGAGCCGUGGAAGCAGUUUGGAGAAGAGCCCAGCGACGGAGACGUUUCCGUGGCUGAGCCGGGGCAGCAAGAGCCCCCCACCCCGCUGCCCGACACACUGCGGCAGCGAGCCGUGCCCCCCGCCGCUGGAGCGGAGAAGUUGUAG